GUUGUAUCUUUUAUAGGAAUCUCCACUGGCUAAGGAGGUAGAUUGCUGCUUAAUGCCAGAGGCAGAGGACUGUGCACCCAUUAUACUCGACAAGGAUGAUCCUAUCCACUCUGUCCUGCCUUGUAUUAACUUCAAGAGAUCAGCCAGAGCUCAAGCUAUUUUAGGACACAGAGAAUCCCUGUCGCUGGUGUCAACUUACCUAGAUGCAACACCUGUCUAUGGUGCUACGGAUCCUCUUGCCUUCGAGAGAAAAACUGGAUACUUUGGUUACCUCAAGGCUCCAGAAGUUGAGGAAGUAGUAAAAGAGAAGGAAGGGAAAGAUGUGAAGUGUGGCGUACCUGAGAGUUUGAAGGGUUGCUUCCACUUGUCUGCCCAACAUAACUGGGUUGAAGACUUGGGGUUGCUGUUAGUGUUGGAACAUAAUCGCCUUGCAGAUGGCCUGGCAGAGAUCAAUCCACACUUUGAUGACUCUCUCCUCUACAAUGAGGCAAGACGGAUUGUGAUAGCAGAGUAUGAUCACAUCACCUAUGGAGAGUUCUUGCCAGUGUUGAUGGGGAAAGAAGUAGUGAAGAAACAUUCGCUGAACCCUGGUGCUGAAGGUAUUGCUGCUGGCUUCAUCAAGGAAGUAAACCCUGGCAUACUCACAUCCUACGCACUUGCCACGUACAGGAAUCCUGCCAUGCACACAGAAUGGCGUGAAGAGUGGGGCCACAGCAACAUUCUAGAGUCCACUCAUUACGACUCCAUCCGUCAUGACUCUUACCAAGACCUGCUUGCUAUGGAUGUACAGAGAGGCCGUGAUCAUGGUUUGGCUGGGUACAGGGUGUGGCGCAAGUUUUGUGAUGGUGACCACUCGUAUGACACUUUCGAAGACUUGGAACAAGGUCUUUCCAAGGAUCUUGUACAUGACCUCAAGACACUCUAUCAGUAAGUGUGUAACAUUUUCUUAAUGCAGUUGUUAUUUUCAUGACAGGUGUUAG